GAAAUUGAACGGGAAAUAGAAAUGAGAAAAAUAAAUAAAUAAAUAACAUUUCUCAAUUAUAAGUGGUUGAUUUGUCUAUGAUACACUCAUAAUUAUUUUACCAAUUAUAAAAUGAUAUAUGUGGUACGUAGUGGGCACUACUUCCAUUUCCUGGUUUCCAUCAAUAAUAUUGCAAGUGACCGCGGGGAAAGGGAGUAUGCACUAGCUAGCUUCAAACAUCCAUAAUAUUUUGCUGGGAACAAAGAUUGAGGAACCUCGAGGUAGACUGGAACUUCGUUAUCGGAACCAAAAACCAAAUUCAAAGAGUGGUGGAACCAGCAAGUAGUUGCAUUCUUAUCUUAAACAGCUUUAGGAGGCAAAAACUGAGAAGAAAUUACAAAUCCAACAUAUGCAUGGCUGUGAACGAAGAACGAGAUAGUGUUAGAAUUGAUAUCGAGCGCUUGGAGUCUUCAAUAAAAGAUAUGAUGUCCCAUGAUUCGCUCACUUCGCCUAAGUGUUGCAUCUUCAAAACCCCUGCCAUUCUCUACAGGCAUAAUGAAAAAGCUUUUAUCCCCAAUGCAUUUUCUAUUGGGCCUCUUCAUCAUGGCUGUCCAAACUUGAAAGCCACAGAAAAAAUUAAAGCCAAAUAUUUGCAAGGCCUUAUCUCUCGAUCAGGCUCUCUGGAUACAAUCCUAAAAACUCUCAUCAGUUCUAUCAUGGAGGUGGAGAAAGACGCUCGUGAGUGUUAUGCUGAUGCAAUUGAUUACAGUCCGGAAGAACUUGUGAAAAUUUUGGUAAUUGACGGUUGCUUUCUGAUUGAGUUGUUCCUAAAGAAAACUUAUUUGUCACUUAGAGAGGAACAUGACCCUAUUUUCAGCAAGUCAUAUAUGAGACAAUUUCUAAGCCAUGACUUAAUAUUGCUAGAAAACCAAUUACCUUGGAUGGUACUUGAGAUUUUGUUCGACUUGACAAAGGAUUCUUACGACGAAAAUCCCCUAAUUAUACUUGCCAUGAAUUUCUUUGAUGACACCUAUUUAUCAUAUAGAAUGCCUCCCUCGAAUCAGGUUAUCAACAUCGAAGACAUCGAGCAUUUUGUUGAUCUGUUCAGGAAAUUAUCAACUUUAUCAAGCACUGAUUCCCAUCCGGUUCAAAGUAUCAAUUUCGAAUGCAUCAAGCAUUUCGUUGAUCUGUUCAGGAAGUUGUCAACUUUAUCAAGUACUCUGUUUAGGAAAGUGAAAACUUCAUCAAAUAUUCUGCUAGGGAUAUCAACUAUUGAAGAAAGUCAGGAAACACCAUGUGGAUGGGAAUUCGUGCCUUCUGCUACCAGCCUCGUGGAGAGUGGGGUCAAAUUCAAAAGGAGUACGUCCCAAAGCAUAUUGGAUGUAAAAUUUAAUGAUGGCGUUCUUGAAAUUCCUCCAUUUCAAAUUCACGAAGUAACAGAAACAGUGUUUCGAAAUCUCAUAAGCUAUGAACAAUGUCACAGCUACCGUUGUGAUAGGAUCACUUCCUAUGCCAUACUUCUAGCCAGCCUCAUUAAUACUGCCAAGGAUGUGGAUAUUCUGUGUGAUAAUAAGAUAAUUGAUAACUGGUUAAAUCCUGACGAUGCGGCCCAGCUCUUCAACAAGCUUUACCUUGACGCUUAUGUGUACUACCGCUACACAGACCUUAGCAGGCAAGUGAAUAGUUUUUGCCAACGUAGAUGGCCUAGAUGGCGCAGAGCGCUUGUGCGAAAUUAUUUCAACACUCCAUGGGCUAUUCUUUCCACAUUGGCCGCUGUUAUCCUUUUGAUCCUCACCUUGGUACAAACUGUAUACGCCGUGAAAAAAUAAUAUUACUUACUAUCCUUAUAAAAAAAACUUGUUCUAUGAUUGGUCUCUCUAUAAUGUCCUUUCCAAUGUCAAUUAUGAAAAGAAAUUAAGGGCCAUUGUUUGCUUUGGUGUAUGUGUAAGAAGAGUAAUUUUAGAGUCUUUCUUGUGUA